AUGCUGAACCAACCACAGUCGGGAAUUGCAUCACGCACACAAGUUAUAGAACCUUCAAACAACGUCCUUCGUUUACGUCCCACUGAAGAACAGCAAUCACAACAACAAGAUGAUGCUCCUUCCUCAGUAUUAAAGAAAACCAAAUCUAAAUCGAAACAAAAGAAACCAAAAGUAAGGUGGACUCAAGAUGUCGUUGAUAACGAACACAUGAACAAGAAAAAGACGAAAAUAUGUUGCAUAUUCCAUCCACAACGAUCGUUUGAUGAAGAAGAAGCGCAUGAACACGAUCAUGGUGGACACGGGUGUCCUAGUUCCAGUUCAGAUUCGAGUAGUGAUGAAAGUGAUGCUAGUGAUGGUGAAAGUGAAAGAGGAGCCAAUGGUGGUGAAAAGAGCAAGAAUGGUGCUGGGAAUGUUAAUGCUUAUGAGUACCAGCCAAAGUAUGAGAAUCAAUCGAAAUUGCCUUCUGAUCCCAGUUAG